AUGCAGUUUAUCAUUAAUUACAAAAAGCCCUAUGAAUGUAAUGUAUGUCAUAAGGGUUUUGUCCGACGUUGGGAUUUUUAUCGUCAUGUUAAUUCUGUCCAUUUUGAUAACGCAACGACUGCUAUUGGCAGUGAUAAAUUAGAAGAAUAUGUGGCAUGGAUGCGUGGACGUCGAUCCUCGCUAGACAUAAGCUGGGAAUGUUUGAAUGCUGUUCGACCUGAUUUGGCUAAAGUGAAAACAGAAUCCGACGGACAUCCACAACAAUCUUCACAGAUAACACUGAAACCAGAACAGAUAAAUCACUACCUUUUAGGUACAGAGGUUACAGCUGUUGAUACAUCAGAUAUUAAUAAUUUAUGA